AUGAACGUACGCUUUUAAAAAAUGUUAAAUUACUUCUUGGAAUUAUACAUCAAAAAUGAAGAACAAUUAGUAAUUUUUCCAAGAUCUCUUGUUUUGUUGUUGAGGAUUUAAUCAUCAUUACUAAGCUUAUCAUAUAUUUAUGGAACAGAAAUCAAUUCAUAUGUUACAUUAUUGAGUGAGUUUGCAAGACCUCAAUAAUUUUUCGCCUCUUUAGACACUGCCUAAUAUAUAAUUUUGGUAAUGUGUAAUUUGUACAUCAUAAAUUUGUUCUCAAUAAAUGCUCAUAGCAAACAUAUAGGAGUAUUCGGAUAAUUGUUAAGAAGCAGUUUAUUAAAUUUUUUUUUUGAAUAUAGCACAGGAUAAAUAAAGAUACUUACUCAUUCAUUUUUAAUCCUCAUUUCAUUUAGUGAAACAAUAGUUUUAUCUGGCACAUUAAAUGCCAAUACAACAAAUUUUUAACACACGCGAUUUUCAUUCUUAGAUUUUAUUUUGGCUAUUUUGAAUUACAUCAUUAUGAUCAUCUAUUCAUAUUACGACUCAUAUAACGUUAUCGUAGUGUUGGCUUUGGCGAUCAACAUUUUAAAGGCACUAAAUUUAAUUAUAUUUUCUCCUCUGAAGAACCUUUAUACUAAAUCUAUUUUACUUACGAUAAAUCUUUAUACAUUGUUUAUAGGACUACUGAAGGUUGCAUCUCUGAACAAGGGAUUUACAAGUGAAAUCGUACUAAUCCCAUUCGUUUUCAAUGUGACGCUUGCCUAUUAUUAAAGAUAGUUUAAGCAGAGGGUUUUUAAUUGCAAAAAUGGUAAUUGUAAGGUGAUUAAUGUUUUACUAUACCUUGACAACAUCAAAGACAUCAAAACAAUUAAGGUCGAAAAACCUUAAUCUGCCAAGGAGAGAAUCAUCUAUUCAAGCAUUCUCAUGUUGUAAGGACAAGAUUAUGAAGCAUAUUUGGAAUUAAAUUCGAUACCAGAAGUGUAGUUAAAUAUUUUAGAGAAGUUUAAAAGGAAAGUGAUUUUAAAGUAAUGUAUAACUAAGAUUGAUUGCAAGAUCUAAGUUGAAUCUAAUUAACAACACAAGAUCGCUUUAGCAGUAUCUUCUCUAAUGCAGAGUGAAGAAUCAAAUUUAUUAAUAAGAAACGAUAUACUUAGCAUUUUAAGAGAUAAGAUAGCUUGUUAAUAGUUAUUGAUGCAAAGUUAGACCUAUAGCAAUUACACAACUUAUCUUCGUUUUGUAGAGAAGGCCUUAAAUUUACAAAAAAAACUAGAAAAACAAUACGCAGAUUUUCCUUGUGAUAAGACCCAAAGUAUACUAGGAUUUUAUUACGCAGAAAUCAUUAAUGAUUUUCUUUAGACUAACUAACUUUUCAGUAUUAUUGCACUUUCUGAUGAGAAAAUCAAAAGAGUGGGAACAUACUAAGAUGUAUUUUCAAACAGGAUGAUUUAUUUAACAUCCAAAUUCUCCCAUACUUUAGUAAUAACAAGAUGUUCCAAUGAUGCAAGUUAAUUUCUACACAAAACUAAUGAGCAACUAUAAGGCAAAUCUAUAAAUUGUUUGAUUCCCCCUGGAAUUGCAGAACAUCAUGAUAAAUUUGUUUUUCAAUUCUUAUAAACAGGAUAAGCUAAAUUUAUGAGAAAAAUCAAUUCAAGUUAUCUGUACUAUUUGCAAUAAAACAUAGUGACACAAAUUGAAUUUGUUUUUGAUGUUAAUUUGCUUAAUGAUUUCAGUUUUAUAUCAUUCAUUUAACCAACAUCAAAUUAAUAAAUGUUUCUCAUUUUAGACUAAAAUUAAAAAAUAUCUAGUCUAAGUGAAGGAUUGGUAGUUGAAUUGGGAACGAAAAUCCCACUCCACAGUUACAUAGGAGUCAAUAUCAAGAAGGUUUUACCUGAUUUUCCUCUUAUAAUUAGUGGAACUUAAUAUAUAGAAAAUGCAGAAGCUCAAUUUUCUAAAUUGAACGAGGAAGUUUAAUUAAGUACAGGUUCAUCCUAACUUGUAACUCUGAUUACUUCAUAUACUGCAAUGCCAUGCACAUUUCAAGGCGAACAGUUAUAUUAUAUCCUCACCUUUGACUUUUUCAAAAAACCUAGUUACUAAUCAUAACCAAGCAUUUCCCAUAUAAGUCCCACUUAUAGUCCCAAAAAAGAAGACUAAGAGUUCAAUUUUUUCACUUUAGUUAAUUAAGAAAGUAAGGUCAAAAUUCCUUAUCAUGACAUUUGUAGUUUUAAAAAAAACACCAAUUCAUUUUAUUAAAUUCAAUUGAAGGGAAGCCAAUAGGAAGCAAUCGAAUAGUCUGAAUAAAAUGAAGUCAAAUUGUUUUCUUAUUUAGAACAUACUAAUUUAAUUAGUCCUAGCAGAUGCAAUGAGAAUUUACUUGCUUAAUAAUAAUAUUUUUCAAAAUCCAAAUCUCGUAAAUAUAUACUUUAAAUCUCCGGCAAAGAUUAAGAUUAGUAUAGUAAUGAGAAAUAACAGGCCUUCCAAGAUGAUAGAUCCUCUCAAAUUUCAAGUUUAUAAGGUGCCAGAAGAUCUAAGUUUUAUAAGAAAUAUGAGAUUUUUGCCAAAAUUAAUGAAUCAGACAGUUUUUCCAAAAACCAUAAACUAUUCAUUAUAAUGCUUCUUCUUUGCAUCAUAAUUCAAUUUUCAAUCCAAAUCAUAUAAUUGACAGAAAUCAACUCAAAUUUAGAAGGACUUGCAUCUGAUAUAGACCUGCUUUAAAUAAAGAAUUUUAUAUUCCAGCCCUUAGAAACAUUUCUAGUAACCAGAUGGGCAAUAGUCAAUUAUAACUUAUUAAGAGAUUAAAAAUAAAUUAAUUUAACACAGUAUGUCGAAUUAAUUAAAUUCCCAAGAGCAAAUCUGAAUUUGGGUUACGAUUCAUUAGAUCAGAAUCUCAAGAAAGCAUUUAAUAGACCUGAAUUAUAAGAAUUUUUAAAGAAUACUUAUUUGGAAGUAUAUGUUUAUGUCAAAACAAACUAAGGUGAAAUCUAUAACAUAUCCCUAAGAAAUAGCAUUAAUAUUUUAAUAAAUUAUUAAUACACCUUUAAAAUGGCUUAUAUUUUGGAUGGAUCAGCAGUAGCUGAUAGUCCUUACGUAUAUUUUUAAUACAGAAAUUAUUUGCCUAUAAAAGAGAAAUUCUCAAAUCUUAAUGAAAUAGUUUUGAUCGACACUAUGUAGAGAGCAACUAAUAUCAAUGAUUAAGUGAGGGUCAUUUUUAUUAUAAGCAUAACGAUUCUGAUUGCUUUUUUAUGUUUAACACUUCUAUAUUUUAUCAGAAUUACUAGAAAUAUCAAUAAGUACUAUGUUCUAAUGUAGAAUAUCUCCAAUUAAUAUAUUGAAAACGACCUGACUCGGUUAAAGAGUCUAUCUGAGAAAAUCAGCAAAGAUCAAAACCUAUUAUUUAAAUAUUAAUUUAGCUUAUCUGAGAAGGAAAAGUUCUUCGAAACUAUAGUUGAUAGGAAUAGUACAAUGAGAAGAAUCAAUUAGAAGUUACAAUCUGUCAGCAUGCAGGAAAUUUAUUAUUAUAUAUUUAUUUUCACAACUAUAUUACUAAUAGGUGGAAAUGCUAUCUUAACUUUUUUUGAAGGUUAAACAUAUUUAAACAAAUAUCCAGCCACGUCGCGCUUUUAUAAAGCAGUUUCUGAUAUUGGCACUGAUGUACCUACUAUGUAUGCUCAAAGAGAUGUACUUUAUGGGAGAGCUAAUUUCCCCUUUUAUACUUAAGUCGAUAUUGAAAACAUUUUAAAUGAAAUUCAAAUGGCUAUCAAUCGAACUCAACUAUUUUCUAGUGAAGAUUACGAUUUCGAUAAUUUCCUUGUAUCAGAUUCAUUCAAAGAAUACUUUUAAACUUUGUAGGAUUAAGAUUUAUGUGAUUAUAUUCCAGAUGAAUUGCAAGAGCGUUCUAAAACUCUCUGUCCUUUGGUAAUGAGCCAGAAUAUGAAGAGAGGAUUAAAGGCAGUCUUAAUUUAUAUAAUCAAUUUCAUUAAGACAGAUAUGGAAAUCAAUAAGUUUUAAGUGAGAACCUAAGCUAGUUUUUUAGAAUUGGAGGGAGGAUUUUUAGUCUCAAAUCUUAUUAAACUCAUUAAUGAUAAGUUUAAUGUGGAUUUGAUGAAUUAAACCAAGUACUAUAUCUCAACAAUUAAUAUACACAAUAUAAUAGUUUUAAUUUUACUAUUCUUCAUUGCACAAAUCAUUCUAACAGUUGUAGUCCAAAGAUUAGCAUACAAAUAUCAUCUUGUCAAAAGAUUAACUUACUUAUUACCUCAAAGAACUUUAUUAUUCGAUGAUGUUUACGAAAGAAACAUCCGAUAAUUAUUAUAGCAACAAUGA